AUGCUAGCCAACCCGCCACCUCCCGGCGAGAAACACAGAGCUACUUUGAUAGUAUGCACUCCAGCGUUGUUGGUACAGUGGGAGCGAGAAUUAGAGACGCACACUGAAGACGGUCAUUUGGACCUUGUGUUGAAGCAUUACUCAGCGACCAAAAUUUCCGGCAAGGCUACAGUUCGUGUCAUGCAGGAACAAGAAGUCAUUCUUACGACGUACCAAGAGGUAGUGAAAUCAUACCCAAAACUUGAUGUACCUGAAGACAUCCGCGACGAGGAGGAGUUGAAAGCCUGGUGGGAGAAGCAAUGGAACAAAGAGAGAGAUGUACUCCACCAAGUCCAUUUUCACAGAGUUGUACUCGAUGAAUCUCAAGCUAUCAAAAAUCACGAGACCCAGACCUCAAUUGCAUGCAGAGCUUUGAUGGCAAAGCAUCGCUGGGCUCUAAGUGCAACCCCAAUCAUGAACAGAGUAGAUGAGCUCUAUCCGUACUUCAAGUUCUUGCGCGUCCCAUACACCGGCUCUUUCGGCGACUUUCAGGAAAAUUACUGUAAGCCGGGCAGCGAUGAUUGCAACUCCCGAUUGCAUUGUCUUCUGGAUCAGAUUAUGUGCAGAAGGACACUCAAAGACACCAUACUCGGAGCGCCAAUUGUGAAGUUGCCAAAGCACAAUCAGAGGACGAUCAACAUCGAGUUCAGCCCAGUGGAGAAAGCCAUCUAUCGAUGCGUUUUCAAAAAAUUCGUCCGUGUCUUGAACAAAGCCUCCUUAGACGGAAAGCUCGAGAAGCAUCCAGGCCUUGGUUUGGUUGCUUUCCUCCGAUUACGACAACUGUGUGCUCACACGUUCCUCGUCCAGGAGGUUUUAGAAGAGAUUUUGGACCUUGAAAGCAUCGACAACAUGGAACAAGCACUCAUUUGCGGCGCGACUAUAGAGAACAAGAACGAUCGAAACUUGCUAGAAGCCCUGAGACGUAUGAUCAAGGCCAAGCCGGAAGUGGUAGAACAGCCUGAAGAGUCUGAACAAGAGCACCCUGGCAAGCUUGCAGCCAAGUUCGGCAGCUACCUCAAGACUUUGAGAGCGAAUUCCAAUUGGGUUGAACUUAGGACUCGUACUCAUUGCCAUUCGUGUGGGGAACCACCUGAGAGCGCCAUUGUUACAAGCUGCCUGCACGUCUAUUGCAAAGAAUGUCUUCAAGGCAUAGCCAACACAGCAUCCACGAAAGACCAAGAUGAGACGGCUUGUCUGGAGUGCGGUGUGGUCUUCACUGGAGCCGAAUCUUGCGCCGGCCUCAAAGAAUUGGAAUAUGACGACCAUUGGCUGCUCAAUGAAAUGGCUGGCUGCAAGAGAAGACCUAAGAAAGUCAACAUGGAGUGGGUUACCUAUGAGAACAAGCUUGUGAUGUCAGCUAAAAUCACCGCCGCGCGAACGCAAGUCGAGAAGUGGUUGGAAGAAGAGCCGGAUAAAAAGAUUAUUAUCUUCAGUCAGUUCCACAUGAUCAUGCAGAUCCUGGAGCAAGUCUGUCAGAAAAAGAAGUGGAAAUACUGCACCUACCAUGGAAAGAUGUCACACAAAGCCCGCGACAAGGUGAUCACGAAAUUCGCAAAGGACGAUGAUAUGAAGAUCAUGAUUGCCUCUCUUAAGUGCGGUGGCAUUGGCUUGAACUUGACGAUGGCUUCGAAGGUUGUCUGCAUUGAUCUUUGGUUCAACAGCUGCAUGGAGCAGCAAGCCUUCUGUCGCGUGUUCCGCAUCGGCCAAGAGUCAGAGACUUUCAUCUCGAGAAUAGUCGUCGACGAUUCAGCGGACGGCAAGCUCAUGGAGAUGCAGUUGAAGAAGAGCGCACUGAUAGGUCAGGCAAUGGACGACAAGUCUGUCAUGUCAAAGCUCACCACCUACGAUAUUCUGCGCUUGUUCGGGGAGGUCAAGCUCGAUAAGAAUCAGAGGCCGUUCAUUCAUCUGGAUGAUGACGAAAAGCUCGACAGCCUCUUUGAGAAACGUGGCGAGACUUGA